UCGAGAGAGUGAACAUUGUGUUCAACUACGACAUGCCGGAGGACAGCGACACAUACCUGCAUCGCGUGGCGCGCGCCGGACGCUUCGGCACCAAAGGGCUGGCCAUCACUUUCGUGUCGGACGAGACCGACGCCAAGAUCUUGAAUGAAGUUCAGGACCGCUUCGACGUUAAUAUUCCCGAAUUGCCCGAAGAGAUCGACAUUUCCUCCUAUAAAUACCUGUCCAUCGCGUUGUUGGCCCUGACAGUGGAGGCACUGGUAACUGACUUCUCAAGGCCUGCCACAGGAAUCGCGCUGCGAAUCAGCCAAUAC